CAGAAGAAUGGUAUAAAAAGACGAACCCGCCAGACAUGAGCCAGUGCGUCACAAUUCUUCAAGAUUUGACACCGUUUAAAUAAAACAAGAGGAAUAAAGAUGAUGCGUUAUUCAAUAACCGUUGUAUUGUUGGCGACUUGUCUCUUCAAAUCUGGAGAUGCACAAAUCACCGGCUGGACUAAACCAAGUACAAUAGCCACUGCUACUGGAACUGCGACGGGGAUCUCCAAAGCUGAGGAUACAGCUGUCGGUGAAACAAUAGCAGAAUUUGAGGCUACCCCCACUGCUUCUGAUACCAUUGCUAGUUACAAAUUGUUAACAACAGGCAUGCCUUUUUCUCUGUCCUCACCUGGCGGAGUAUUGACGUUGGCCUCUGCGCUGGAUUUUGAAACUAAAUCUAGUUAUGUUAUUGAAGUAAAAGCAACUGACAGUAAGGAUACUGCGACUUCCGGCACUGCAACACUAACUAUUACAGUAACUGAUGUUAUUGAAGAAGCACCAGAAUUUGGACAAACAUCCUAUACUGUUUGCGUAGUUGAUGGUUCAGCUGCAGAUACGUCUGUAACAACUUUCUCUGCUUCUGAUAAAAACACAGCCGAUACCAUCACCUACACGAUAAGUUCUGGAGACACAAACAGUGACUUCAAAAUUUCGACAGCUGAGCUCCAGGUCAAUACUGGGAAAACCCUUGAUAUGGCUAAAACAGCGAAGUAUACACUUGUCGUAUAUGCCACGGAUAAUGGAAGUCCGGUAAAAACCGGAACAGCUACUUACACUAUCAACGUCCAGUCGUCAUGUAACGGAGCAGCAGCUUUGACCGUGACAUUGAUGGCACUUUUAAUAGCACUCUUAGUGUCUUUAAACUGAUUCUCUGAUGCUUCAUUCAAAUGACUUUAUCUUUAUCUUGCUUGUAACAUCUCUUAGUUGCUUUUAUAUAUGUUAUCUUUUAUUAAUUAAAUGGACCAUCGUGUACAAAUUAACGAUUAAUUCAAGUACUAACACAACAAGUCAUGAAGAAUAAUUAACAAAUGUAAUUGCUCCUAUCCCUUUUUGCGUUUUCUUUGAAAUAUACAUUGUAUAUGGAAAAUUAGUACUUAGGUGAGAUGACUCGCUCUGAAUGUUAAAGCAAGAUCAUAUACCACGUAUAAAAUUUUUAAAAGCUUUCGUGAAAGUAUGUGUUAAUCAACUGACAUUUUCCUGAAGUUAAGGACAUGCUAGUUACUUGACAAAAGAUUCUUUUUUAUAUAUAUAGAGGAAUAGAUUUCCGCGUUUAUACGUGUUAUAUAUCAAUAAAAAUUGAUGAUGAAAUAAUUAUGAACUGCACCUCAAUGCAGCAUGAGAUUCCGUAAAAUGACGUCUCAUACCACAUGGUAUGUCCACACACUGACUUACUAAUAAAAGAAACGUAAGAGAAUAAGAAUGAAAAUCUAUUCAACGCUUGGAGUCAAUAAUGAAAUUUGAAGUUUAAGAUCAAGUGUGUGACGCCUAAUUUUUAAUAUGAAAUAUUUUUAUCGCAUAUAGAAAGUGUUCUCCUUUUGUGGUGAAUGUGUAUUUUAGGCAUGUUCCUUUAAUUAUAGUGAUUGCCGUGAGGCAAAGGAUUGUCACGUCCAGAGAAUCUACUCCCUUACGUACUGACUGUGUGAUAUGUUUGUGUUUAUUUCUAUCUGUGAAAUGAUAUCAGUGAUGAGAUACUACCGUAUCGAUGUUUGAUUCAUUUCAUUCUUAUCUUAAAAUAUUUAUUGUUACGAUUUUUUCUAUUGAAACAUGUAGCACUUUCAGACGGACAAUAAUUUGUUCACAAUAUAUUAUUCAACUUGUUAUGAAAUGUUAUGUUGUUAAUCAAUUUGUUUUGCUUUUUUAUUUCUAAGGACUUCAAGUGUUAUUUAUGGGUUAAUCAAAUAACGCAAAGUUACUCGAAAAAAUGAAUUCGUGAUUAUAAUUUCUUUUUAUUCUUGAUUGAAUUGAGUAUGGUUACUUUAUAGAUUGCAACAAACAAGUAAUAUUUCGUCAGAUAUUGUGCUAUAAAGAUCAAAUUGUACAUGAUUUCAAAAUUAAAAUUAAAGUAACAAAUAUA